GACUCCCCGACUCCUCUGACUCAUGUUUGCGAUAAUUCUUAUUCUUCUCACUCUUCUCGUCAGUCUCCGUCUUUUCCCCUGAACUGCACAGCAGCACAUCUUAGACGCAUUUCACUGGCAUUUACAUUCGAGCGAUUUGUGUCUUCUUCCGUUGCCGAAGCCAAGUCUAGAGAGGGCUCCUUCUAUUUUUGUCAUUUGUUCCGGCUUUCGCUCUUUCGCUCUUUGGAAACCCCACUCCCUCCCGCCUCAUGGACGGCACGAAGACUCCCUCAGAACCGGUGCUUCCCGUGCCUGGGAAGCGCAACAUCCUCAUCACCAGCGCCCUGCCCUACGUGAACAAUGUGCCGCAUCUAGGAAACGUGAUCGGCAGUGUCCUCUCCGCCGAUGUGUUUGCUCGCUACUGCAGGGCCCGCGAUUACCAGACUCUCUUCAUCUGCGGUUCGGACGAGUACGGCACUGCUACCGAAACGAAAGCUCUCGAAGAAGGCGUCGACCCCGAAACCCUCUGUGCCAAGUACCAUGCUCUCCACAAAUCCAUCUACGACUGGUUCCAAGUCGACUUUGACAUCUUCGACCGCACACCGACGGCACACCAGAGAGAGGUCGUCCACGAGAUCUUCCGCCACCUUUGGGAGAACGGAUAUAUCGAGGAGCGAGAAACUGUCCAGCCCUUCUGCGAAACCCACCAGUCGUUCCUUGCCGACCGCUUCAUUGAGGGAGAGUGCUCCAUUUGCCACUACCCCGACGCGCGGGGCGACCAGUGCGACGGCUGCGGCUCGAUCCUGGACCCCUUGAAGCCCGAACCGGAGGCCGGUAGUCCGACCGGCGAAGACGCACAGGCCGACGAGGCCAGGGCCACGGGCUGGCUCAUCAAUCCGCGCUGCAAGGUGGACGGUGCCACCCCGGAGAAGCGCAAGACGAAGCACCUGUACCUCCGCCUCGAUGCCCUACAGGAACGCGUCGCCGCCUGGUACGCCGAGGCGAGCAAGAAGGGCGGUUGGAGCGCCAAUGCGCUGGCCAUCACCCAGGCGUGGAUCGACAAGGGCCUGAAGCCCCGCGCCAUCACGAGAGAUCUCCGCUGGGGCGUGCCCAUCCCCGAAGUCGACGGCCUGAGCGCCGAAGAGUAUCGCAGCAAGGUCUUCUACGUCUGGUUCGACGCCUGCAUCGGCUACGUGUCCAUCACCAAGACCUACACCGACGGCGCUGACCUCAACGGCCGGAAAUGGGAGCAGUGGUGGAAGAACCCGGACAACGUGCAGCUGAUGCAGUUCCAGGGCAAGGACAACGUGCAGUUCCACAGCAUCGUCUUCCCGGCGUCUCAGCUGGGCACGAACCAGAGAUGGACCCAGGUGCACAAGAUCUCGGCCACCGAGUACCUGAACUACGAGAACGGAAAAUUCAGCAAGUCGCGCGGCGUCGGCGUCUUCGGACACAAUGCCAAGGACACGGGCAUCGACCCGGACAUCUGGCGGUUUUACCUCCUGGCCCGCCGCCCCGAGUCCUCCGAUACCGAGUUCAAGUGGGAGGAGUUCGUCGACACCAACAACAACGACCUGCUCAAGAACGUCGGCAACCUGGUCCAGCGGACGCUCAAGUUCUGCCAGGCCAAGCUGGAAAGCAUCGUGCCGGACUCGGACUAUACCAACGACCUCAUCGAGACCCACAAGAAGCAGGCCAACGACGUCCUGGCCACCUACAUCGAGCAUCUCGAGGGGACCAAGCUGCGCGCCGGCGUCACCGACAUGCUCGAGUUCUCCAACCUCGGGAACCGGUUCCUGCAGGCCAACAAGCUCGACAACCGCCUCCUCAGCGAGGAGCCGGCGCGCUGCAAGGCCGUCAUCCGCGUCGCCAUCAGCCACGUCUACCUCAUGGCGAACCUCCUGGGCCCCUACAUGCCCGGCGUCAGUGCCGCCAUCUUGCGGCAGCUCGGCCUCGACGCGUCGUCGUCGGCUACUCGGAUACCCGACACGUGGGAUUUCAGCUUCCCGGCGGCCGGGCACGUCAUCGGCACACCGUCGCCGCUGUUCACGCCGAUCCCGACGGCGAAGAUCGAGGAGUGGCAGCUGGCGUACGGCGGCGAGGAGCUGAAGCGGCAAAAGGCCCUGCAGGCGGAGAAGGCGGCGGCGAAGAAGGCCAAGAAGCAGAAGGAUAAGGAGAAGAAGCAGCAGCAGAAGGCGCAGACGGAGGCGGAGGCGGCGGCGGGCCAGAAGCCGGACGCCCAGGAGAGGAAAGAGACGGCGGGUGCUACGGCGGACGUUGCCGCUGCUGCCGAAGUUGGCAAGCUGUCGUUGGAAGACAAGUAGGGUUCUGCUUGAGAACGAGGGGGGGGUUAGGGUAAUGAAAAGGGAUUUUAUUUUCGUGUAUAAAUGAGACGAAUAGAGAGAGGGGGAGAGAUGACUUGUCUUGCGAGGUUCUACUGCGUCACGGACGGUUGCCCUACUGCUACUGGCAACUUUGCCUGUCCCAGGUCUACUGCAGAUGUCGCGGUUAUCAUUUAUGGGGUUGGCUGGUCCCAGAAAUGGUGACACAGCCACGAACUAGGACUGGGUUGAAACUUGAAAGGGGGGGGGGGGC